GUCGCUGCUCAGAGCCUCAAGGCAUACGGGCGCGCGCAAACCUCUUUCAGGCCGUCAACCGGCUGGAACUCUCGCUAGCGAUACCACCUCCGCCGACGACCACAGCCUCAGCCCGUGCUUCUAUCGUGCACGCCUUGUGACCGACCUUCGUUCUGAAUACAGCUAACCAGCUGAUUACGACUUGCUGGCGACCUCAUCGGUGUCGGCAUAUAUACCACUCCCUCCCAGGCUAUCUUGAUCCUCAGACAAGUCUCGCUCCUCACCCUAGCCUUGCGCAAGCAAUGCCAUUCGUCAAUAACAAGAAGUACGCCUGCGAAUCCUGCAUCAAAGGACACCGCUCGUCCAACUGUCACCACACCGAUCGGCCGCUCUUCGAGGUCAAGAAGAAGGGCCGCCCCGUAUCCCAAUGCACCAACUGCCGCGAGCUGCGUAAGACGCGGAAGCUGCACUCAAAGUGCAACUGCUCCCCCGCAGAUAACGCGCAGGAAGAGCGCACGUUGCUGGCACCGGCGAGCUCAAGGGGGAAACCGCGGUAUAUGCCCAUUGCCCCGGCGCUUCCGAACGGGUUGAAGGAUGUGAUGCAAGGGAACUGGACAGCUGGAUCGUUGGCGGCGGAUUCGAGGCAAAGAGUCGAUGCGCUGCUCAAUCCCUGCUGUUGCGGUGACGUACGCGGCUGUAGAUGUAAUGUCGCACAAUCCUCGACGUCUGCGACCCCGGCGUCUACCUCGUCGACCGUGUUCCUUGCCCGCGCCAGCUCUCCAAGCUCCGGAUUGAACGCACUAGCCGCUGCAGCUGCAGCUCUAUCGCGUCAAAUUCCGAAAUCUCCCUCGCACCAAGUGCAGCUGAUCACUACUCGCCAAAUGCCUACCUCUCGUCAGUCACCCACUUCGGCCGCCUGCCAGUCACCGGAACCAGCUUCGAAACACGCCUCCUCCCGACCGCCCAGCCCCAAGCACAAACGCGCAAAGGUUGCUCAACGCGGUUCAUGUUGCGCUCACAAGCAGGCCUCCAAGACCCCAUCUACAUCCCCAGGACCCACUCUUCCGCCCCUACUUCUGGAUGGCCCCUCGCCAUCACCUUUGGAAGGGUCUUCCCUCCUCGCGCCCUCAAUCACUACAACCUCCCCCUUCCCCGACCUCCCACAGUUCACCCUCCCGCACUUCACCACGCUCACCUCGCUCGCGGGCUCCGGCUGCACUUGCGGCGUCGACUGCACCUGCCCGGGCUGCUCGGAGCAUCGCGGGGCCGAGCACGUCACGCACACGCACGCGGACUGCAAGGAGGGGAACUGCAUACACUGCGUGGAUGGGGAUAUGGUCGGGCGGGCGGAUGCUUUGGAGAACGAGGCGUUCGGAUUUGGGGGCAGCAGUAUGCUUGGGAGAGAUGGCCCCCUUGGCUUCGGGAGCAACCACAGCGCUGGCCUCUUCGGCAACGCCGCCGCCACGAAUGACGCACUGGCCAAGUUCUUCGCGCAGGCGGCGCUGCUGCCGUUGCCACCGAACCGCUCUGGUCAGCGCGUCGAGCUGCCGAAGUUGGAAUGCUGCGGAGGAAAUUGCGGGUGCCCGGAUGGGCGGUGUGGUUGUGGGCAGACGUGCGAUGGAUGUGAGGAGCAUGCGUUGUUGGGACAUGGGCAUGAGAAGGCGCACGGGGAUGGGAAGGAGAAGGGACCGGGCAAUGAUCAGGAGGAAGUGCGUGGAUCGGCGAAGGGGCCUACGGAACAGGCAGAGAAGGAACCUACUCCGUCGACGUUGGCUUCAGACGUGGCGCCUUCGUCUCCGGUGCAGGUUCCUCGGAGCUGCUGUGCAGGGAAGAAUACUUUAUGACACGAGAGUGGAAGUGAUCUAUCAGUACGAAUGGACGCCUUUCCGUGGGCGAUUUGGAACCAGUCCCAAAUCCUAGACGCGCAUCAAAG